UCCCUUUAAGCCGGUGCGGAAGUGUAUCCGCUGGAGACGGCAAAAGGUCAGUCCGGUGAAUUUCCACAGUAAAUAUAACUAAACGUGACGUGGGUCGCGUAUGGUGACACACCGUCUACCUCACGUCAGUUUGGUGCGUUUUAAUCGGGGAAUGCUAUAUUAACCGCCGGGGUUGUCGGUCUUAACACCUCCAGAGCUGCCUAAUGUCCGGCUCUAAGUGCACGCGGCUGGCUGGGCCGCUCGUGAAGCAGCUGCUGGAGUCCGUGGACACCGUCCUCUUCGACUGUGAUGGGGUUAUCUGGCGGGGGGACCAAGCCAUCCCCGGGGCCUCUCAGGUCAUAAACCUGCUGAAGGAGCGCGGUAAAAAGGUCUUCUUCGUCACUAACAACAGCACCAAGACCAGGAAGAUGUACGCGGAGAAGAUGUCCGCCAUGGGCUUCAACGUGACAGAGAACGAGGUGUUCGGGACAGCCUACUGCUGCGCCGCGUACCUGAAGACCAUCUGCAAGCUGGAGGGGAAGGUCUACCUGGUGGGGAGCCCGGCCAUGAGGCAUGAGCUGGAGGCCGUGGGCAUCCAGCAGACCGGCGUGGGACCCGAUCACGUGUCCGGGAAGCCGAUCGACUGGGCCAACGUGCCUCUGGACCCUGACGUGAAGGCGGUGGUGGUCGGUUUCGACGAACACUUCAGCUACACGAAGCUGAACCGAGCCCUGCAGUACCUGCUCCAGAAGGACUGCCUGUUUGUAGGAACCAACAGGGACACCAGGCUGCCUCUGGAGGGGGGGAAGGCUGUCCCAGGUACAGGCUGCCUGCUGCAGGCUGUGGAGACGGCCGCCCAGCGUCAGGCCCAGACGGUGGGCAAACCCAACCACUUCAUGUUCGACUGCUUGGCCGCUCAGUUCGGCGUGGAGCGGGAGCGAUGCCUGAUGGUCGGGGACCGCCUUGAUACCGACAUCAUGCUGGGCUCCAACUGUGGCCUGAAGACCCUGCUGACCCUGACGGGGGUCAGCACCGUGGCCGAGGCCCAGAAGCAUCAGGAGAGCGGCUGUGCGGAGAGGCAGGGGAUGGUGCCAGAUUAUUAUGUGGAGAGCAUUGCAGACCUCCUUCCAGCUCUGCAGGGAUGAGACUGAGGGAUCAUUUGUCUGGGUCCAGCCUCUAUAAAAGAGAAUCUUGUAUUUAGUCUGAUUAAAUCACGUCCAAAAAGAUAUUUUUUGUGGCAAAAGAAAUCCAGAUUUUAUUUAAUAUAUGUGACUAAUUCGUUCUUUUUAGGAGAGCGAUUGUAUGCAGUAUUGUUUGAGUGUUAACAGCCUGAUGCAUAUUUAAGGAAGCACUUGUUCUGCCUCUAUUGUCAGUGGUGUAAUCUCCUCUUAAGCAACUCCAUGUUAAACUGCAGCACUUCUUGUCUUUGCUCUGAGAUCUUUUUAGAACAAAUCUCAUGAUAUUUACUUGGAUUUAAUGUCUUAUGCAAAGGUUGUAAAAAUCCAUGUUUUGCAUCAAAUGGUUUGUAUUUAAAUUAGAUUUAAAAAGUGCUUUGAUCGAAAUCCUCAAUAAAUUCAUCUAUUUUCACAAAAAC